AUGUAUUUCUUUACCAAUGCUAUUAUGGUCUCAUUAAGUAUCAGUGGCAAUUCUAUUAUCGUUCUCAAUAUCUUACAGAAUAUGAACAUAAAUAUACUAGAAAAUGGUUCCGAUUUAGACAAUCAACGAAUAAUUGGCUUAAUAACUUUAGUCAUAGUAUCUGCCAUACCAUUCAUUAGUCUCGACUUUGAAGCUAAAACUCAAUGGAUUUUGUUCACAAUAGUAGUCCUUGCAUUCGCAGACUUUAUUAUCGGAGCAUUUUUACCGCCGACUGAGUAUCAAGAGGUCAAUGGGUUUGUGGGAUGGAGUGGCAGCUGUUUCACCACAAAUCUGUUGCCCCAAUGGAAUGGAUAUACAUUCUUCACCAUGUUCUCCAUCUAUUUGUCUGGACUUUGUGGUGACUUUACUGGAGUUACUAUGGCUUCAAGCGUACGAAAUCCAAAAGUAUCGAUACCUAAAGGGUCGCUGUUAGGCAUAUUCACAACUCAGUUGUUAUACGUCAUACAAAUGAUUUGGUUUACAUCGACGUCCAAUCGAUACGCCACCGGAAAUUUGGCUGAUUAUCAAUAUAACAACUAUACCUGUGAUUUGCAACAGAAUUGUGUCAGUGGGUGCAGCAACAACCCCUAUAUGAUGUCCAUUAUGUCUUCAUUUACAUACUUUACGAACCAAACCCAUCACAUCGAGCCUAUAUUUUCUGCCGGACUUUUGUCACAAUCCAUGUCCUCAGCUAUGAUUGCCUUUAUAAGUGCGCCCAGAAUGUUACAGUCCCUAGGAUUUGAUGAGUUGUUACCGUAUAUCAAAUGGUUUUCUAAGCCCUAUGGAACACACGCCGACCCUCGAAGGGGUUAUAUUCUGACAUUUAUUGUAUCGGUUAUAUUUGUCGGUAUUUCUGAAUUUACAAUAUUGGCCACAAUUACAUCCAUUUGCUACCUGUGCGCCUGGGGCUUGGUUAACGUAGCGUGUUUUCAUUGCGAUUAUGUCAAGGGUUCUGAUUGGAGACCUUUAUUCCGAUAUUAUAACAAAUGGUGUAGUCUUUUGACUGGAUUAGUUUGUUUCGCUUUUAUGUUUGCCAUUGAAUGGUAUAUAGGGCUGGCCCUUACCAUUUUUAUGGUCAUCAUCUAUAUAAUUAUGAUUAUACGAAAGUCAAAGGUCAGUUGGGGAGAAACACCUAUCUCUCAAUUAUAUAAAACUACUGUUUCUUUGGGCCAUAAACUGAACCGACAUCCGGAACACACCAAGACAUUUAGACCAUCAGUAUUGCUAUUAUCUGGAGUUCCCAUGAAUAACAAAGAGUUAAUAUUAAUGGCCGAUCAUAUCACAAGACACCGAGGAAUGCUAUUUAUUGGCGAUAUUGUGUGCUCUGAUUUGGCAUCUGAUUAUCGGCUCAAAGCAACUUCUGUAUGGAAUCAAUGGUUUACUGAUAACAAAAUCAAAUGCUUUUAUAAAUUGGUAACUGCAGAUACAAUUGGUGCUGGCUCCAAUAUGUUAAUACAGUGUUGCGGUUUUGGAAAUAAUUUGAGUCCCAAUGUAGUAAUGCUUGGAUUCCGGAACUCAUGGAAACAGUGCACUAACGAUGAAAUCGUUGACUAUUUUACUAUAAUUCAUCAAGUGUUUGAAAUGCGAAAGUCAUUAAUUAUUUAUCGCGACCACAAAAAGAGUAAACAUUUUAUAGAGAAACAAAAGGAUGAGAUUAGACUAUCGAAACAGUUGGGAAUUAUGAAUGCCGGCUUAAAUGCAACUACACUGAGAGGGGUAUCCAAGUUGUCAUUUAUUGAUAUAUAUUGGCUCUACGAUGACGGGGGUCUCACUCUUCUCAUACCUUAUAUAUUAUCGGAGAGAAAAAAGUGGAAAAAAUGCAAAUUAAGGAUAUUUGUGAUCGUUGAUGAAGAAUCUAAUGAUAUCAUAAAAAUGGUCUCCAAUCAGAACCCCUGA